GCAGACCAAACUAGUGAUGGGUGGUGUACACGUCUUUGGUUUUGAGUCUUUUGACCGACGACGACAGCGACAGACAGAGAUUUUUCUUCAUACAAAUCCUUUCCUUGUCUUUAUGUUUUCUUCUAAUUUAAUAUCCUCUGUUGCUUCUUAUAAUUUUCUCCGUUUUUUCCAUUCUGUUCUCCUUCAGAGCUCCAUAAAGAUUCAACUCUUAUUGCUUAAUCGCACAAGAAACCUCAAUCUCUCUAAUGGGUAACUGCUUGGAAUCUCCUGCAAGAGUAGAUAACAGAGAAAGCUCGUUUGGAGGAUCAUCGAGAAUUUCUCCUAAACCGAGUCAGCAACCUCGACUCUCAAGCCUCAUAAUACCCUCUUACAGCAACAGAAGCUUCACCAGUUCAUGGUCGCUUCAAACACCAAGAAGUGAAGGAGAGCUCUUAACUUCUCCAACACUAAAGGCCUUUACAUUCAACGAACUCAAAACCGCCACUAGAAACUUCAAACCCAACAAUCUUAUCGGUGAAGGCGGUUUUGGUUAUGUCUAUAAAGGUUGGAUUGGUGAGCAGUCUUUGUCGCCUUCAAAACCAGGGUCCGGUAUGGUUGUUGCAGUCAAGAAACUUAAAUCAGAAGGGUUUCAAGGACACAAAGAGUGGUUGACUGAGGUUCACUAUCUAGGGAGGCUUCAUCACAUGAAUCUUGUGAAGCUCAUUGGAUUUUGCUUGGAGGGAGAGAAGCGCCUUUUGGUUUACGAGUACAUGCCCAAGGGAAGCCUUGAGAAUCAUCUAUUUCGAAGAGGCGCAGAUCCGAUUCCGUGGAAGACAAGGAUGAAAGUUGCAAUUAGUGCCGCGAGAGGACUUGCUUUCCUCCACGAAGCUAAAGUCAUAUACCGAGACUUCAAGGCCUCUAAUAUUCUUCUUGAUGCGGAGUUCAAUGCAAAGCUAUCUGAUUUCGGAUUAGCAAAAGCAGGACCAACAGGAGAUAGAACCCAUGUGACAACUCAAGUGAUGGGCACUCAAGGCUAUGCAGCUCCUGAAUACAUAGCAACGGGCAGGUUAACUGCCAAGAGCGAUGUCUAUAGCUUUGGAGUGGUUCUGCUCGAACUACUCUCGGGACGUCCCACGGUAGACAAAUCGAAAGUAGGAGUGGAACAAAAUCUGGUGGAUUGGGCAAUACCUUAUCUGGUGGACAGGAGAAAAGUGUUUAGGAUAAUGGACACAAAGCUUGGUGGGCGUUACCCUCACAAAGGGGCUUGUGCAGCAGCCAACAUUGCAUUGCGUUGUCUAAACACAGAAGCUAAGCUGAGACCGGAGAUGUCUGAUGUCUUGUCUACUUUACAACAGCUUGAGACUUCGACAAAGACGGAUUCUACUCCAAACGCAUACAUGUAUCCUUCAUCUGUGUUGGAGGAUCGCGGGAGAUCUCUACGUUCAAGGUGAGAAAGAAGGAGAGCAACCCUUUUAAGUCUGUAUUAUAUAUAUAUUUAUAUUAUAUUUUUGCAAAGUGUUUUGAACAGUUUUUUCAGCUUCUCUCAAGAUCAUAGGUUUUCUGGUUUGAAACGUAUAGACGUAUAUAUAUGGAAAUGUAUAUGAAAACGUAGGGUUUUCUGCUUGAUAUUAAGAUUUGUAUGACUGAUAUAAAUUUUUGAAAUACAUGAGUUUACAAUGCA